AUGGCCAACGAUAGCAAGUCGCAUGGGCUCUACUGCCAGAAAUGCCGCACGCCCAUAGAUAUCGAUGCCUCGAUUGACCAGCUCAAUCCGGCUGCCUUCAAGCUGCUGACUGACUCAACUGUUCCCGGCCAGCAAGCCUCCAAGUCCGCUCCUCCGCGCCAGUCACGCCCUACCUACCCCUCGUCAAGACACCAGACCUACGAGACUGCGAUACAAUCCGCGAGGAACCCUACCUUCAAGCGCAAUGUACCGACUUCGAGAUUCCAGCAUGGCGCAGGGACUCAGAACCCAGCCAUGUCCUUCGUUGAUGUGCACAUGUCCGAGUCUAUGCUAGAUCCACCGUCCCCAACACCAGUGCGUAGUCCCGAGCGACCAGUGCAAGCUGGAGAGAGACCCACGAAUGAGGCCACGCGGAGAGCAAGCGUCACUGGAGGUUCAGGCACAGUAGGGGGAACCAGCAUGGCAGAUGGCUUAGAGACCACAAAUCGCAUGUUCGAGAUCUUGUCAUCACGCUCAGACAUCGACCACCCGAUAUGUAUCGAGUGUACAGAGCUGCUUGUAGACGGCCUGCAGCAGCGACUCGGCGUUGCGACACGAGAACGCGAUGCCUACGUAGACUAUCUCCGCCGCGCCAACACCGACGUGCCCAGCGCCGAAGAAGUCAAAGCGGCCGACACCGCGCUUAAAACUGCCAAGAAGACCGAGGCAGCAGCCAUAUCGAACCUCGAGAAGCUCGAGUCCGAGAAAGCAGAGCUGGAUGCCCAACUUGCCGCUCUCGAAGCAGAAGCACGCCAACUCGACCAAGAAGAGAAUGGUUUCUGGAAGGAUAGGAAUGCGUUCAACUCGACCUUGACAGAGUUCCAGAAUGAGCGCGAUGCUCUCACCACACGACAUGCACACGACGCUCAAGUCCUGAAUCAACUCCAACGCAGAAGCGUGUACAACGACACCUUCAACAUCACCCACGACAACCACUUCGCCACCAUCAACGGCCUCCGACUCGGCCGCUUACCGACACCCUACGUAGACUGGCCAGAAAUCAACGCCGCCUGGGGCCAAACAUGUCUGUUACUCGCCACACUCGCCGAGCGUCUGGGCUACAAAUUCCAAGGCUACGAAUUGCACCCCAUGGGCUCAACAUCCACCAUUCUCAAAACUCGAAGUCAAGGGCAGCACCUCCGUCGCCGAGUCUCGCCAAUCAUCCACCACCGCCUCACCAUCUGUUUCGCGCCAGCGCUUAGGAGCUGUAUUCCUCUGGCGACUUCCCUAUCAACUUUGGCUUCCUGCAUCGCAAGUUCGACACCGCCAUGGUCGCCUUUCUGGAAUGUCUACGACAGCUUGGCGAGUUUGUGGAGAACCAGGGUAUACAUGCCGGCAGCAGUUUGA